AUGUCGGGAACAAAUCGAAAUUUAUCGACUGUCAACCCUCAAUCUGAUAUAACCACCACAGCUACAACUUCAGAUGUUGCUGCUCAUAAAUGGAAACAUCUGCAUCCAACACCCUUGAAAAUAAGUAGCGACCACGACUUUCCCACUCAAGAUACUCCCUCUUUUCACGAUGCUCUAACCAAUAAUCAGUCUUGUAAAUCAGUACCUAUGCCAGCUAGACCUGGAAGGAAUAGAAACGAAGUCUCCAAAUGUCGUCAUCCUAAAAUAAGCUCACUCAAAAAAGAUACCCGCCCGAAACCAUACGUGCUCGAAGUGCCUAAUGAUGCUCCUCGACUCUCUUCAAACAUCUAUUCUGAUUUCUUUCCCUGGGUGGGAAAUAAUCCAGAGGAUCAGUUUUCAGAAACUAUAAUUCGGCAAGGCUACUACGACAAAUGUCAAUCGGCCCAAAUUGAAAUAGGUUCGGCCCGCUCCACAGUCUUUCCCGCACUCAAACACAAAAGUGGCUUGCAGACAUUAUCUUCGACUAUAACUUCCAUACUUCUCCAAAGAAGAUCACACAGCCAGAUUGUAUCUACGUCAACCUUCAAGCCACCUCCACGAGUUACUGUAACUGAUACCAAAAGGGAAAUGUGGCUUAAAGAUCUAGCAAAUCCGAGCGUUUCUUUGCGUCGUCUUAGCCGUUCAAUUCCUCACGGGGUGCGCGGAAAGGUGCUAUUAGAACAAGCACUAGCCAAGUACAUCCCGAUUGAACGAACUGUAUGGCUAGCUAGAUGUGUCGGAGCCAAUGAACUAAGAUCUUUUAGGAGAAAGGGUGUAAGUGGUACAUUUAGUAUGGGAGGAGAAACAAAAUGGAUACGCGACUUUACAAUAUGUGUUGAGCAAUUCCUAGAGAGUAUUAUGGGGUCUUGCAGCGUUAAUAAUUUUAAGCUAAAAAUUGAUUAUGCAAUUCGACUUGCCACUCAUUUUUAUGAUGAAUCAUUACUAGAUCGUGACCACUACUUGGAAUGGAUUAUAUCAUCAUUUGAGAAUACCACUCAAACUAAGCUGCCAUUAUGGCUCCUUAUAGUACAGAUUUAUUGGAAAGAUUUAUCACGAUAUCGGAAGUAUGGAUGCCGGUUAUCGUUUGGAUUGCUGUACCAUUUAUCCGAGAUUGCAAGCAGUUCUGAUAUUGAUCUGCUGGUUCCACUUUCAGAGCGUGUAACUAAUUUGAUAAAAGACCAAAUGAUAUGGAAUCGUAACAAUUUCGUAGCACCCAAAGCAUGGGCUCAAUACAGAGGCUUAACUUACUCAAAUGUUGUCAUUGGCGAUAAAAAAAUUGUUCCAUUUUAUGAUACUAUCGACCUAAGGAAUUCUAGGCUAAUCACUACCUACAAGACUAAAACUUUAUCGCCACAACAAAAACUAUUGAAAUUACUUGACGAAACUCUUACAGGUCUGUAUACAAACAAAACGGCUUGUGAAGCCUGGAGCUUGUGCGAUGACAAAAUUCUUCUGGCGCAAGCAAUUGUAAAUUGGUCUACUUCAUCGUGCAGGCCUGGUAAGACCAAAAUUUACGUUGCGGCUCGAAUUCUUAGAACCUGGUAUAAUUUUAGUAUAAACAUCACAGAAAUUAUCUUAAGCUUCCUCGAAUUGGACUGUUGCGAGUCUGGUCGCAACAAGGCCGACCUUUAUCACCUCAUAUCUGAGCUAGCCCGAUCAGGUCACUUUUAUACGCCUUCAUAUGUACAGUGGAUAAUUGCUCGUGGAGGCGUACAAUGCCCUCAGGCUCUGGACUUAGACGGGCCCUGCGCUACACGCUUGCUAGCUGAAUUACCAAUUUCUAAUCAGAGUAAACCGAUUUUAGAUAUGCGAUUGAUGCUCAUGAGCAGAGCUAAUUAUUCCACGCAUGAAGAGAUACAAUCGGUCCGUAAAUGCAAAUCAUUACUAUGCAGGCGUCUAUCUAGGGCACAAAAUGAUGUAAGCCUAGAAUCUCAUGACUCGAAAGACCUGCUGGAAGAUACUAGGAGACUAUUCUCUAGUACCAGCCGAACGGUGAAAUCGGAGAUAGGCCUGUGGCUAAGAGAUCAAGUCAUCCACAUGAUGAGACUGCCUGAUACUUUGUUAAAAGAUUUAGAAGAUCCCAAAAAAGAAUUCAAGGCGUCAACCAUCACUUCAUCAGAAUUUGAUAUAGUUUGUCAAAGCCUCGAAGAUUUAGAAGAUAUUUCAAUGUUAGCGGAUGUAUUGAAGAUCGUGUCGACUUGCAAUGAUAUUAACAUCCUUACUUUAUGUACUGAUACUUUAAACCUGCACCGCGAAAAUCUUGCUGCGAUAGGCGCAUUGUCUGAAAUUUUCGGAGCUCUUCUGUCCCGCUCACGAGAGAUAAGAGAAAUAACCAAUUUCGCUCCAGUAAGUUUCUUAGAAGCCUUGUUAGAGCUAGGUUCAAGGAUCGAGAAUCAGGAUAUAGUUAUUGAAGAAUUAAACCAAGAGUUAUCACGAAUCUACAAUAAGCCUAAGAUAGAUGCAUGCUCUCCUAUUUCUGAUUGUCAUGGUAUUCCUGAACCAGCAGAUCCUAACAUUAUCGAGGAAAUCGAGAAACUAAUGACAUAUGGAACUAACUUUGACCAUAAAGCACUAGAGAAGUUAUUUUGGAAAACUACCGCAAUACUGGAAAGCUCAUGGGAAAACCUUUUAGAGAAGCAGCGUACAUGCGGAAUGUUACUCACCAAGAUCCGAACACAUGAAGCUCGCCAAUUUGAUACAUUAAUGGCGAAGUGGCUUGAGAGAAUUAUUGAUCUGCCAUGCAGACCAAAUUUGAUACAAAUCUGCGCGCCGCUAGUUUGCACUGGCUGCUUGACACUUCAUAUUGUCCUCAGCAAUUGCGAGGAUAAAUUCAACGAUACCUAUUCCAAAAAGCAGUCAGAUGUUAGUGAUCUAAACCUAGAAGUUCUUGAUUUAAUAUUUUCAUGUCCGAAAACCUUGGAAACAUUGAAUUCAGAAGAAGCCAAUAGAUUCCGAAUCAAGCAAAUGGAUUUACUCAGAAACUCAUUAACUGACGCGAUCUGUGCCUUGCGGCUAGCUUUCGAGAUUUUUCAAACAAGCUCUAGAACAACACAUAAUAUAUGUCGAUCUGAACUAAAUUAUUUUAAAAAUAAGAAUAUGCAGCAACUUCUCCAAAAUUUAGUUUUGUUUGAGACAGAUAUAUUCGUCCAUGAACUCCUAAUUCCACUGUUAAAUAGCUCUAACUCUGAUGCCAAAGCUGCUAUAAAUAAAGCUAUCGAUCUUGUUUUAAAUCCUUCUAGUUUCCAUGUCAAAAUGAAUGCAGAGGCUCUCCUUAACAUUGUGGAUGAUCUAUCCAUGCAAUUUUGUCGGGUGAAACUUAUUAUAAUGUUUGGGGCCCUGAAGGUGGGACAAGGUCUAGAUGACAAUUUGGGUAACUUGGAAUCUUUUUACAUCGCAAUUGAGUCCGCUAUUUUUACAGGGAAAGGGAACUGGGCUAAUUUGGUUCCAUUGCUUGAUAUAAAUCCUGCCCAAUAUCUUCGGCACAGAGCGGAAACUAAGUUUAUUUCUCUCAUACCGUCUCUAAAGAACAUCGGUGAUUUAAAUUUGUCUACUCAUGAGGGUCGGGUUUCAAUUUGCAAGGAUCUUCUACUCGUAAUCAGUACUGCGACUUGUAGUCCUUCCGCCGCACCAUCUCAGCAUAAUGAUGACUCACAGCUCAUCUGCGAAAUAUCAGAUGUAUUAAAUGGACUAUGGCUCAUAUUAUCAAGCUCACAAACACAGGAUCUCAAGGAUUUUAUCAUAGAAAAAUGGAUUCCACUACUUCUCUCAUUCAUAUCAGCCCAUACUCCUAUUCUAGAGGCAAUAAAUUCUUUAACUGAGAGCAAGGCAAAAAUAGUUCAUACUUUAGUCUCUUUUAUGUACCACCUCCAGAUUUUUAAUACUAAUCAAGACGGAAUCGAACCUUUGGUAGAAAAUUGUUACGACCUUGCCAUUCAUUUAGCAGACUACCUUCCUGAUGAUAUCCGUCAACAAUGUUUCAAAAACCUUCAUGAUGGCACUUAUACUUUUCAGUUAUCAUAUCUCUUCAACUACACCUCAGGCGAUAAUGAAAAUCUAGUCUUGAGCCAAAAUGACCCAAAAAUAGCAGAUCAGUCAGCUGAAGCUUCUGAUAAGGACUGGUCAGAAAAAGAACAGCUAAAACCUUUCUACAUACGAAGAUGGGAAAUGCUUGGCGAACCCACGCCCAAUAUGUUCGAAAACGACACAAGCCUUAGCUUGACAUUAUUUGGAGCACGAAGGAGCUAG